UGUGGCCAAUGAGAGCUUCGCUCUCUCGCCCGCCGCCCAAUAAGCCUCUGCUUACAGGCUGGGGCGGGACUAGAGGGGCAGGAGGGGGCGGUCCCGGGUUGGCGCUCGGCGCCGCGGUUCGGUGGCUCACAGAGAGAGCGCCUCACAGGGAGUCGGCGCCUGAGCGACGCGGGAAGGCGCCGCUGACUGCCAACGCCACAGCCGCCGCUGCUGGCCAAGGUGCUGGACACGACAGGCCGGCCGGCCACCUCAUCAGUUCAGGCUUCAUUUGCAGCCGCCGCUGCUUCGCUCCCAGCCAGGUACCCAUGGAAGAGAUGGAAGAAGAGUUAAAAUGCCCCGUGUGCGGCUCCUUCUAUCGGGAGCCCAUCAUCCUGCCCUGCUCUCACAAUAUAUGUCAGGCGUGCGCCCGCAACAUCCUGGUGCAGACCCCAGAGUCGGAGUCGCCCCAGAGCCGACGGGCCUCGGGCUCCGGGGUCUCCGACUAUGACUAUCUGGACCUUGACAAGAUGAGCCUGUACAGCGAGGCGGACAGCGGCUAUGGCUCCUACGGGGGGUUCGCCAGCGCCCCCACUACCCCGUGCCAGAAGUCCCCCAACGGCGUCCGUGUGUUCCCCCCGGCUAUGCCACCACCGGCCACACACCUGUCACCGGCCUUGGCCCCGGUGCCCCGCAACUCCUGUAUCACCUGCCCCCAGUGCCACCGCAGCCUCAUCCUGGAUGACCGGGGGCUCCGCGGCUUCCCCAAGAACCGCGUCCUGGAAGGGGUAAUUGACCGCUACCAGCAGAGCAAAGCGGCAGCCCUUAAGUGCCAGCUUUGCGAGAAGGCACCCAAGGAGGCCACCGUCAUGUGCGAACAGUGCGAUGUCUUCUACUGUGAUCCGUGCCGCCUGCGCUGCCACCCGCCCCGGGGGCCCCUAGCCAAACACCGCCUGGUGCCCCCGGCCCAGGGCCGCGUGAGCCGGCGGCUGAGCCCCAGAAAGGUCUCCACCUGCACAGACCACGAGCUGGAGAACCACAGCAUGUACUGCGUGCAGUGCAAGAUGCCCGUGUGCUACCAGUGCUUGGAGGAGGGCAAACACUCCAGCCACGAAGUCAAGGCUCUAGGAGCCAUGUGGAAACUGCACAAGAACCAGCUUUCCCAGGCGCUGAACGGGCUGUCGGACAGGGCCAAGGAAGCCAAGGAGUUCCUGGUGCAGCUGCGCAACAUGGUCCAGCAGAUCCAGGAGAACAGUGUGGAGUUUGAAGCCUGCCUGGUAGCUCAGUGUGACGCCCUCAUUGACGCCCUCAACAGGAGGAAAGCCCAGCUGCUCGCCCGUGUCAACAAGGAGCACGAGCACAAGCUAAAGGUGGUUCGAGAUCAGAUCUCCCACUGCACAGUGAAAUUGCGCCAGACCACGGGUCUCAUGGAGUACUGCCUGGAGGUGAUUAAGGAAAAUGAUCCUAGUGGCUUUUUGCAGAUUUCUGACGCCCUCAUAAGGAGAGUGCACCUGACUGAGGAUCAGUGGGGGAAAGGCACACUCACUCCCAGGAUGACCACGGACUUCGACUUGAGUCUGGACAACAGCCCUCUGCUGCAGUCUAUCCACCAGCUCGACUUUGUGCAGAUGAAAACUUCCUCUCCAGUCCCAGCGACUCCCAUCCUACAGCUGGAGGAGUGCUGCACCCACAACAACAGCGCUACGCUGUCUUGGAAACAGCCGCCCCUGUCCACGGUGCCCGCCGAAGGAUACAUUCUGGAGCUGGAUGAUGGCAAUGGUGGUCAGUUCCGGGAAGUGUAUGUUGGAAAGGAGACCAUGUGCACCGUGGAUGGUCUUCACUUCAACAGCACAUACAAUGCUCGCAUCAAGGCCUUCAACAAAACAGGAGUCAGCCAGUACAGCAAGACCCUGGUCCUCCAGACAUCCGAGGUGGCCUGGUUUGCUUUUGACCCUGGCUCGGCGCACUCUGACAUCAUCUUCUCCAAUGACAACCUGACUGUGACCUGCAGUAGCUACGAUGACCGGGUGGUGCUGGGGAAGACUGGCUUCUCCAAAGGUGUCCAUUACUGGGAGCUCACGGUGGAUCGCUAUGACAACCACCCAGACCCUGCCUUUGGUGUGGCUCGCGCCAACGUGAUGAAGGAUGUGAUGUUAGGAAAGGACGACAAAGCCUGGGCGAUGUAUGUGGACAAUAACCGGAGCUGGUUCAUGCACAACAACUCGCACACCAACAGAACUGAGGGAGGGAUCACAAAGGGGGCCACGAUCGGGGUCCUCCUAGACUUAAAUAGAAAAAACUUGACAUUUUUUAUCAACGACGAUCAGCAAGGUCCCAUCGCGUUUGAGAACGUGGAAGGGCUGUUCUUCCCGGCAGUCAGCCUGAACAGGAACGUGCAGGUCACGCUUCACACGGGGCUCCCAGUCCCCGACUGCUACUCCAGCAGAGCAUCAAUAGCCUAAAGAUGUGCUGUGGAGGCGCCAGCUGCCUGUUCUUACCUCCACCUGAAAGCAACAGCAAGGAGCUCAGCCAGAGCCGGAGGGAGAGGGAGGAGGAGAGAGAUGCCGGUCCUCACACCCCGCAGCCCCCCUUUCCCUCCAGCCUCUCUACUGCUGUAAAGCCUGCUUUUUCUUCCACGUUCAGCAAUUCUAACCAACGGAAGACCUAGACAGCCCACCAUGUCACUUUGUUUCCACAGCCAGAUUUUGCUUUUAUUUACAUUAUUUUUUGUAUGUAGGUGAGUUAUCUUUUCUUUCUCCUUUGAUCAUGUCAUUGGUGACUUCCUGAACUGGUACUGCCAAGAGAAAAUUCUCCUGAUAACUUUUUUCUUAAACUUUCUGUCAAAGAGGUAGGUAGUAGGGAGAGGUAAGGAAGAAUGAGCUGAAUUUGGGGUUUGCCGUUUAGAAUGUUCUUGCCCUGUGACCUCUCGUGCAGCGUUAGCUCUGCAAAGCUAGUCUUUUCAGCAAUGAAAAGUUUUACUAUCCACUGAAGCACAAAAAUAUCAGCAACCCGACUACACAAAGACAAAGGGGUAGGCUCACAGGACAGCUAGGUCAUUAGGACAGGCCAAAAACCCUGGUCACUGAAUGAAAUUGGAAGGUCUCUAAAUAUAGGCAGGGCAGGGGACUUCAUGAUUUGUACAAGUUUUUAAUUGAAAACCGAUUCUGGACCAGGCACUGUUCUAGACAAUGGAGACAGAGUGGUGAAUACACAGGUGUGGUCUCUGCCCUCCUGGAGCUUAUAUUGUCCUAGGAGAACAAACCAAAAAUAAAAUUAUUACAAAUGGUUAUUAGUGUUAGGAAGGAAAUAAACAAGGGCCAAACAGGCUCAUUGGUAAGAUCUUUCAGAUCCCCUAGAAUGAUGCUAAAAAUCCAUACAUUCUGGGGCUUCCCUGGUGGCGCAGUGGUUGAGAGUACGCCUGCCGAUGCAGGGGACACGGGUUCGUGCCCCAGUCCGGGAAGAUCCCACAUGCCGUGGAGCGGCUGGGCCCGUGAGCCAUGGCCGCUGAGCCUGUGUGUCCGGAGCCUGUGCUCCGCAACGGGAGAGGCCACAACAGGGAGAGGCCCACGUACCGAAAAAAAAAAAAAAUCCAUACAUUCUGGCCAUAGCACCAGAAACAUACCAACUCAAUGCCUUUUCAACUGUGCUAUUUUAAUUAUGGUACCUGCUGCCAUUCACCACAGAGUCCUUUUUUGGUAGAAAUGAUGUCAGCAUUCUUAUUUGUUAAUACUGCGAUGAUACUAAGCCUUAAAAAUAAAUGUGAAAAAAAAUUAAUGACCAGAAGGAGGAGGACUCAUUGUCCAUAACGAAGGAUCUUAAGUUGCAGUUCACAGCAUUCACAUUCUCAGGAUUAAUGCGCUUGUCUCCGUGUAGACUCACUAUCUGUGCCUGUUACAAAUGAACAAUCCAUCCUCUCUGCUGCCAUUCACAACCCAACUUUCUGGAAUUGUUCAAAUAAUGUUUGGGAGGAAGUGAAAUUGUAGGUCAUUGCUAUGAUGGAUAGCAGAAGAAUAAGCUUAUUACUUCCAUGUAGAGAUAGACUUAUAUAAGCUACCCUUCAGAUCCUUUUGUUUGACAUGAAGUUUUAGAAAAUGUAGCACCUAGAAAGAGGUUCUGGUUAGUUAUCUAAAUAUUUGCCAGGGAGCCAACAAAUUCACCAUGAAAAAAAAAAAACAAGAAUAACAAAAGGGAAGAGGUAGGAUGGGAAAGCUAACAAAGUUUGGGCAAAAAGUAAUAUAUGUAAAUAGCUACUAAUUUACUUUUGGGCUUACUUUAUUUAGAUUAUUUCUAUCAGCUGUGGUGUUUUUCUAGUUAAGUGUAUCUGAUUUAUUGAAUGGGUGCUAUCCUAUUUGUGUCCACCUUGGUUUUUCUUGGCUACAGAAACAUUCUGUUGCAGGCCAACACUAAUUUGAUAUAUGAUUUAUUCUCCAAUGAGACUCGAUGGCUGGGCCGCUGUAGACUCAUAGUUACUCUUGUUCCUUAUUAAAUUCAUCCUGCUAAUUAGAUUUCUAGUGACCGGUAACACAUAGUUUACACAGAAUUGCAGUUAUAGAUGCAUACAGCUACUGUACUAGA